AUGGCCGCGGUCCGUCUGCUCCUGCUCCUGGCGGCGUCGGCCGUCGGACGCCACCUGGUCGCCGAGGACGCUGGUCCGGACGCCGAGGACGACCAGGUGCACCCCGAGGAGCUGAACCCGACGCUCACCGACGACGGCCUGACCCUGUUCGAGUCGGACAUCGUGCUGCCGGAUGCCGUUGACCGGCGGGCGCACAUGGGCAAGCGCUGGCCGCUUGGCGAGACGGUGCCGUUCGUGGUGACGCCAGAGGCGGAGGAGCGGCGCGGCAGCAUCGAAAAUGCCAUCAAUCACCUGCAGGACGUCACCUGCUUGACGUUCCGGGAGGAGCCGGUCGAUUUCGCAACGGCGCCACAUCUACGCUUUAUCAACGGUAAAGGCUGCUAUUCGUUCGUCGGUCAGAUGGGCAAAAAGCUCAGCGGCCAGGUGGUCUCGAUCGGUAAGGGCUGCGGCUCCCUGACGACGGUGGCGCACGAGAUCAGUCAUUCGCUCGGCUUCUUCCACGAACAGUCACGACCCGACCGUGACCAGCACGUCGAGGUCAUGUGGGACAACAUCAAGAAGGGCUACGAGGCCAACUUCAACACGAAGGAAAGCGCCGACCCGCUCGGCGUCGAGUACGACCUACGCUCCAUCAUGCACUACGCCAAGUUCGCCACAUCCUUUACGGGUCAGCCAACACUGCGCGCCGUGGACCCGUUGCAGGACCACUUGGUGGGACGGCGCAUUGGGAAGAUGACCCACCGCGACUGCGCAAUCACCAACAUCGCGUACGAAUGCGCCGCCCACUACACCGAGCCGCCCGCCUGCCAGAACGAAGACUACGUGGACAAGUUCUGCAAGUGCAACCGGCACUGCUACUGGCUGGUGACGGCGCCGAGCGGUUUCGCCGUCCGCCUCACAAUCACCGACGUCUCGAUGAACGACUACCCCCCGAAUUGCAAACGCGACCGGAUGUCGAUCCGGCUGGAGGGAGACCUGCGCGACGAGGCCGAGCGCGACUGCAGCACGCGCCUCACCGGCCGCUCCUUCGUCUCGGUCGGCAACCGGCUCCUGGCGUACUUCCGCACGCGCGGCAGUUCCCGUCGCGCUCGACGCUUCAGCGGGCUGGUUGAGUUCGUGCCGGAAGUGUAG